CACAUAUAAGUACACUUAUUAGGUCCCACAAGGGCCUAAAUCUGAAAUGAUGCAAACUCAUGGCGACUUCUACUCGUUUAUUUGUAGAAAAAAGAUCAGACGAACAGCCCAAAUCGGUGUUUCUACACUUCCACUUCAAUGGAGCCGCAGUGAGGGCACGUGGCCGCUGCCCUCUCCGCUGACAUUCCCACGGUCCAUCGGAGCUCGGGCACCCGGGGCUCCGGCUGGAGCCGCCCCGGACAGCAGCUGGCACCCCCGACCGGGGCUUCCGGGAGCCCUCCGGCCCCGCCGCACCUCUCCAGGCCCAGGCUGGCCUGGGGGCCACCGGCGGCGCCCGUGCCCCGAGCUGCCCCGGGAAUCCCGGCGGGCGCGGCUGGAGUGGAACGGAGCCGAGCGGAGAUGGCCCGGCCGGGUCACGCCCGCCCCCGGCCGCGCCACCGCCUCUUCCUGUCAUGGCCGCGGCCGGGCAGCGGGAGCGCGGCGGGGCGGCGCGGGCCGGCGCCUUCGGCUGCUGAGCGCCCGCGGGCGGCGCGGAGCGGGGACGGCCCCAGCCCGGAGCCGGAGGCAGGAGAUACCAGUGAAGUACGUGCUGUCCACCACUUUCUUCAUUUAAUUUCCCCUUGGGGUCAGCUGCUUGUCAGCAUGCCUUCAACCGAGAACACCUCAAAACUUUUCCUGGUCCUCAUGUCACUGCUGCUGGUGCUGCCAGUAGUUGAAGCCCUGGACGCAGGAGAUACCAUUGCCUUCCUCCUAGGCCUCGCUGUCACUGUUGUUGGAUUCUGCGCCUGCCUUGGCUGGUACGCAAGGAGAAGGAAUGGGCAGCAGUGACUUCAGGAAAAUGCUCCAAUGAAGUGAAUUUCUGAACACAGCUUGGGGCUGGGUGUAAGACUGAGCUUUGGUUCUGGAUAACUUCUAAAGGAAUACGUAGUAGAUAUUUUUGCAAACCCCUCUUACUGUUCAGUACAACAGAGUCAAGACUGUACAAGACUCUGCUAGUAAAAGGGAUUUGUACAAUCUGUCCUCAUUACAAGAAGAUCGUUUUAUAUUGUUUGUGAUUACAUAUUGCCUUAGAAAAGGGAAAAAACUUUUUGAAUGGGAAAGUGUGGCUCACAGUAGAAGAGUGGCUCACAGUAAAAGUUUAUAAAUUUAGCAUGUGUGUGAGGCCAUCAGCAAGUUCCAUAAUUUUGGUUUCAAUGUUUAAUCAGGAGGAAGCAGCUAUUAAUUUUCCAGUCAAGAUGACAAGAGUUUUGAAAUUAGUCUUAACUAGCUAGAUAGUGGGCAGACUGCUCUAACUUGUGUGCUCAUGCUCAUGUUCUCUGUAAUGACAGUUAACACCUCACAGCUCACUUCUGCUGUUACAUGGAUGAAACUUAAGAGAACUAAGGAAACAUGAAUGGCUUUUUUUUCUUUUAGAAUAUUUUUAUUUUAGAAUAUGCCACUCCUGUAGCCUAUUCCUACCUAGGAAUGAGAUCACCAUUUUUACUUAACAUAUAUUUCACAGAAAAGUACAUGUAAGGCUAUGUAAAAUCAGAUUACGGAUAUGGGCUUUGUCUCGUUUAUUUUUUGUACUCAGCUUUUAUCCAGGCACACUAGGUUUAAGGCUUAGUUCAUUUGGUGUUUGCACUUUUUUCUCCAGAACUGAAGACUUAACUAUUCUGAUGAGGAAUUCUGUGUAUUUCUGCAUUAGAAGACCAUUGUGCACAUGUUUAUUUUACAAUGUAGAAAGAACUUGCUAAAAUCCUGGGUUUAGUUAAUUAGUCCAUUGUUCUUGCGUAUUUCUCAUGACAAACCUAUGUUGCUAGCUAAACAUUUAGUCUUCUCUAACUGAUGCAGAUGACUUCCACAGAAGAUUAGCACCAAAACCAAAGUAAAAAAUCCUGGUGCAAAAUGGGAGAUGUAAAUAGUCUUUUGUUCAUGUUCAGUUAGAUUGUGUGGUAUAUGGUUGAAAGACAGUAGUAUGUCAAGGACCUAUUCUUUAAGUACCAAAGGUGAAAUGGCUCAGCCAAGAAUGUCUGUCACAAGUUAUGUCUGACUUGUUAGGGUGUUCUAGCUUGCGCCAAGGAACACAAUCUGUAACAGCAGCAGAAUAAGGAGCGUGAAAGAUGAGCUCUCCGCAGCUCAAAGAAUUUCCUUCUGAUCUUGUACUGUGGACACUGCCACUCUCUGCUAGAAGUCUUGGCUUUUAUCUUUCCGAGUUAUGUGUUUUGAUACUAUUCUUCCACUUCCUCUGUGCCUCUGUUCAGUAGAGCACAAAGCAAUGGCUAUGGGCAGGUCUUAUGUAAGUAAUUGGGUGGGCAGAUCAUGUCCUCCAGAUCCUGAUCCUGCAUUUCUGCUGUUUUUGGAAGAAAGGGACAGAAUGCACAAUUACUGUGUAGAAAUGAAAUUUACAGCCCUAAGAGGAGCUUCAGACAGGAGUAUCACCUUUGAAAGCUGUGUAGCAGCAGUAGAUGAUCCUGUUCGUGUUCAACUACAUGGGUGAAAGCACAGAUUGAAGUGUGAUCUGUGAUGUUCCAGCUUAGCUAAACAAAAAAAAAAAAAAGGCAAAAAACAAACAAAACAAAAAUACCCAAUAAAAUCCCCCACAAAACUGCCACUCAAUUCACUUUAUAGCUUCCAAAGUUAAAAAUUGUUUCCAGUUUUUCAGAAAAAUAUUAAGUAUUGUUCUUUCAAUAGAAUACAUUUUAACACAAGCAGAUUUUCACAGACUCCUUUAUCUAUACCUUAUAAAAGAUCCCUGGCAAUAGUUUCACAUACUUGGGCAACAGUUUUACUGCAGGAGAACAAAAUUUUAACAGAGUUAAUUAUCUUCAGGCAAUAGAAAUAUGAGAAAUAGUAUUAUUCGCCCAAAGCUGUAUGUACUUCAUGGAAAGGUGUUUGCACAGCAUAAUGGCUUUGUUUCCUGGGUUCUGAUAGAAGCUUUAUUGUUAAAGACUUGCAUUUGUCAAUUACUUGAGUGUAAAAUCAGAUACCCUUGUUUCUCCUCUGUCUUAAUAAACUUUGACAUAUGAUUUGUCAACAGCUUGAUGGAAUAAUUCUUAUGAAAAGGAAAAUUGAGAUGACACAAGUGACUGAAACUGUUGGAAUUUAUUCUGUUGACUAUUAUUUUCUUACUUACUCUUGCUUAUGUUAGAUAACUUUAUGAACUAAUGUAUCAUAAGGUAUAAUUUCAGUUAACAUUUGUGUAAUGAUUGUACUUCUCAUGGUCCUACUACUUGUUUAUCCCAUUUCAGUAACUGUUACUUUGAAGCACUUCAGGGCACUUGCCUUACUUUCAUACAGUCAGCUUGUAGUUGCAAUGAAUCCUGUUUGACUGGUACAAGGAAAACUUGAAGUAUUUAUUUUUCCUUUUGGCUAUGAAUUUUCAACAUAUCUUACAUAGUUGCUUUUAUAACAGAAAAGGUAUUUAUGUCAGUUUUCUAGCUGGAGACACAAAGAUAUAAAAGACCAUUUUCUGUUGGUUUGGUUUUUGUUGGUUUUUUUUUUUCUUUUAAUAAAAUAAUAUGUUCUA